GUUACCAAGCUGACAGCAUUUUCAAAACAUCCUCAAGCAUGGAGAAUUAUAUUGACCUCGUGUUUACAACGUGUAUUGCUUUUUUCUUUCAAUUGGAGUCAUGCCAGUGAAUUGAAGAGGUUAUCAUGAACCAUCAGAAAAGAUUUAUCAAGAACUCAGAGCAGUGUACUUGGCCUUAAUGCCUUCUUUCGCGCGCGAAAAUCAGAUUUUGCGGUUCUGGCAGGUUGUUUUGACGUUGUUGACAGUCGUCCUCGUUCCAGAAGUUCUGCCGGAGAAUUUACUGCAUGGAGCAAGGCUGGCUACUUUUCCAAAACCAGACUUCAGAACUAAUUUUACUCUAAAGUCAAAUCAAGGGGUCGGUUCAUUUAAGGAGAUUCGUCAUGGGUUGAAUGUGGACCCAUUUUACGUUCGUGUUUAUGCGAAGCCUCGCAAUGGGAACAAUAGUGCCUUUUGCUUCAAUGGAAUAGGUUCCAGCCAGUCUUCGCCGUCGAGGAGCUCUUUCGGGGGAUUAAUUUAUGCUUACAACGCGGAAUUCGUUCGAAUAUGGGCUCCGACAGAUCCAAAUGGUCAUGUAGUGUUCGUGAAAGAUGGUUGGGGAGGUGAAGUGAACACCCAGGUUUCAAACGAAGCUGAAGUCGUGGUGCAAGUGUGGAAAGACGGGCCGGCGCCAACUUUUCAAAUUGAACACGUUGUGGACACACGUGCAGUCCAAUUAAACCAAGUCUAUCAUCAAGUUGAUCAUGAGUUAAGACAGUUGCCUGAGAGAGUUGUGGUCAGACUUUCCCCAGCGGAAUCUGACGAUGAUGUAAGCAAUCCAAACAAGGGAUUUUGGUUUCCUGCAGUGGCUUCUUCUCAAAAUCCUGACCCUAACAGUAACUUUGGCGGGGUAAUAUUUGCGUACAACGAGAGAUACGUUCGUUUGUGGGGUCCUGAGGGAGCUAACAACAACAACACUGGAUGUAUUUUUAUAGGCAGGGAAUACACUGGGGGAGGUCACAGUCAGAAAGUGACUAAAUGCAGGGUGGAGACACUGCUUUGGGUCAACCAACUACCGACACCAGCUUUUCAGACUGAAUGGUUUCACUUUAACGGGCAGAGAGGUGAUAAUUCCUUCAAAGAAAUAGCUCAUGGUAUUAACUUGUUACCUGCCCUUGUCAUCGUUCAAGUGAGAGCAGUAAAUGGAAAGAAUAUCGACUACGUCUUUGAGGCACAGGGUGCCACUCAGUCUGACGAUGAUGGCACUAAUGAGUAUGGAGGUGUUGUGUUUGCCUAUAACGAGAACAAGGUCCGUAUCUGGGCUCCCAGCAAGCACGAUGGAUCAAAGAAAGGAUAUCCCAUUCUUGUAAAAAGUGGCUGGGGAUAUAGUUCAAAUUUGCAAGCAGGAAGUGAUUAUGUUGAAGUCAGAGUUGUCGUUUACUCUAGUAAAUGCAAUAAUUCUGCAGAAGUUCUAUUUGAGGGUGACCAGUGUGUUUCAACACUGUAUGACUCUUACAAAACAGUGGUGUCAAAGUGGUCUGAAUGCUCCAGUAUUUGCAACAAUGGAACAAAGAAAAGAUCGUUAACAGGUUGCCAGGUAGUGUCGCAAAAACGCAUCCUGUCAUGUGAUUUUGAGAAUGGAAUGUGUGACUGGACUUCUGCUCAGCAAGGAGGCAGCUCUAUAAGAUGGGUUAUAACUAACACAUCGACUCCUGAGCCGAACACAGGACCACUGUGGGGUCAUCCGAAAGGCUCCCGUUAUAUAUAUUCCGACACUUCUCAGGCAGCGCCAAAUCAGAGAGCCACUCUAACAAGUUCUAAUAUUCAAGGAGCUAGCAAGUGUGAGUUCCGUUUCUUUUGGAACAUGUAUGGAGGUGACAUCGGUACACUUUAUGUGCAUGUCAACAUUCAAAAUCCAGAAGAAUUGGGAAGUCGUGGCAAAUGGAAUGAUUCAGGCUGGAACAUGACUGGUGAUCACGGGGACAUUUUCUGGAGAGCCGCUUUUGUAAACCUUGAAAAGUUUGACAAGAUCUACCAAAUUCGGUUUGUGCAUAUAUUGCCUGAGGGAAACUGUCAUGCAGGGAGCCCAAAGUGUACUGUUUGCAAGUAUCAGAAGUGCCCAGCUGCUAAUCUUGCAAUUGAUGGAAUUGAGUUAGUUUGCCAGAGCGAAAAAAAAGAUGUCCCUGUUGAAGUGUGCACAAAGAGGACAGCAGUAUUGGCUGGUUGUGAAAUGGAAGCUGUUAUGGCAUCAGUUGCUGGUCCAGCAUACAGUGUUAAGACAAUUGGCUUAGACACCUACGUCAAAGCAGCUGGUUUACCCCAGCAACUGAUAGCUGUGUAUGAAUUUGAAGUGGUGUUCACAGCCAGUUAUGCGAUUUGGAUGCAUUUUUUCGCUACAACAAAUCAAACCAAUGAUAUCUCAUUCAGAGUUGGUGAAGGAGAUUGGACUGUAUGGCGACCACCACACAAAGGUUCCCAUGCCUUGUGGACACAGUUCUUCUAUCAGCCUUUCACACUGAAGCCUGGCAUCCACAGAAUAUCUUUGCGGCAACAAGAAGAUGGUUUUCUUCUGUCCAAACUUGCUCUUGUUCCAGUUAAGCUAUCGAUGUGGACUGAUUUAGGAAUGCAGAGUCAUCAUAUCCCAGAUGGGUUUCUGUAUGCAUUUCCUGAACAGUCAAAUCCUGAGCCAAGAUUUGGGAGACUACAUUCUCAAGAUGCUUGGUGUUCCUCCGACCACAACCCUGGAUAUGUCUUCUUCCAGAUUAAACUGCCUCAGUUAGCACUUCUCUCUAGGAUAUCAAUACAGGGAGGCAAGGACAUUCUGCAGAAGCGAAAUGAUUACUGGGUGAAAAAUUUCAGACUGAAAGUUUCUUUAGAUGGCGUCAGGUACACAUGGUAUAGGGAUACCAAUGGUCGGCGGACAUUUAUUGCUAACAAAGAUGCAUCAAGUGUAAUUACUCACACCUUGAUGUUUGCUGCUUUGGUGCGUGGGGUAAGAAUCUUCCCAUAUGGCUAUGAAAACUGGAUUUGUUUACGUGCCGAGUUGUAUGGAUAUUACUUGAGUAACAAGAUGUGUGCUUCCUCUGGUCCUGCUAUGAUGACUAGCAAGCCAUGUACUGGUGACAGGAACUGUGGGCAGAAUGCUGAGUGUGCAUCACCAGGAACUUCAGGAAUUAAAAAACAGGAUGGUGACAGCAGCAUCCAGUCCAGUAACAUAACUGAAGAGUUCUGUCACUGUUAUCCUGGUUACCAUGGUCCCAGCUGUCAGCACUAUGGCUGCUCAUCCAACCCUUGCCUUAAUGGCGGCAGCUGCUCUGAGGUCAAUGGCACCUAUUCUUGCGCCUGUUCACCUGGUUACCAUGGUCACACCUGUCAACACCCAUGUAAAUCUGGCUACUAUGGUUACAACUGCAGUAAACAGUGCCAGUGCACUCGUCAUGGCACUUGUGAUAUAGCCACUGGUCACUGCAAUUGCAGACGUGGAUAUUAUGGGACGUACUGUGAACUAGGUUGCAGCCCUGGAUAUUUUGGCUACAAUUGUGCCCAGAAGUGCCAGUGUAAGAAUGGAGCAUCAUGUGAUAGAGGAACAGGGUUGUGUAACUGUACUUUGGGUUGGACAGGAGCAAUGUGUAAUAAACCCUGCUCCUGGAACUUGUGGGGAGUCAACUGCACACUCAACUGCUCAUGUUCAAAGUCAGCCAAGUAUUGUGACAGAUUUACGGGGAGAUGCAUUUGUUCCUCUGGAUAUUUUGGCGAGAAAUGCCAGCUACCUUGUCCAGUAGGAAGGUAUGGCUUCAACUGUAGUGGUCAGUGCCAAUGUCAAAACAAGGCAACUUGUUCUAAAGAAGAUGGGACCUGCAAUUGUACCCAGGCAGGGUGGACUGGGGUGCUCUGUCAUCAGCCCUGCCCAGGGGGAUACUAUGGAAUCAACUGUAUUAAAAACUGCACUUGUCAGAAUGGGGGAGCUUGUGAUCCAGUAACAGGAUCUUGCACUUGUGUUAGUGGUUAUUCAGGUGAGUUCUGUGACAAGCCUUGUAUCCAGGGUUACUGGGGCAGGAACUGCUCCAUCCCAUGUUGCUGUGUUCAUGGUGCACGUUGUAACCCUGUUAAUGGAGGGUGCACCUGCCGAGCUGAUGAGGGCUGUCAGUGUGACCCUGGUUGGUCUGGCUCUGACUGUGGCACACCCUGUAGUGAUGACUCUUGGGGACCAAACUGUAAGAAUGCUUGUCUGUGUCAGCACAGUGGAGUGUGCAAUCAGACUACUGGAAAUUGCCUAUGUGCACCUGGGUUCAUGGGUCUCAACUGUGAACAUGCUUGUCCACCAGACCGCUUUGGUAAAAACUGUGUUCACAAAUGCAACUGUGCCUCCUCUUCGUCUCUCGGCUGUCACUCGCUUAAUGGCACCUGUCAAUGUAAACCAGGUUUUACUGGACCACAGUGCGAUGUCCCUUGCCCUGCUGGCACAUGGGGUGUGAACUGUUCACAGUCUUGUUCUUGUGUUAACGGAUCGUGCCAUCCAAUAUUUGGAAACUGUACUUGUGAUCGAGGUUGGCAAGGACUGCUUUGCGACCAAGCCUGUCCCAGCUGUGGUAAGUCCUGUCCAGUGUGUUACCACGGCAACGGAUCUUGCGAUCAAGCCACUGGGAAGUGCAUUUGCUCCCCAGGGUACCAAGGAAGUUCUUGUCUGGAGUCUUGUAAAGCUGGUUACUUUGGUGAAAAGUGUCAGAGGAAAUGUGAUUGCGUAGAUGGUACACUUUGUCACCACAUGACAGGGCAGUGUCUUUGUAAGCCGGGAAGGACUGGAACGCGAUGUGAUGAAGUGUGUCCUCGUGGAACGUUUGGACAGAACUGCACCCAGACCUGCUCUUGUGUUCGUGGCACUUGUAUGCCUGAAGACGGUUCCUGUGUAUGUCCCACUGGUUACCAUGGCUACUCCUGUCAGAGACCCUGCCCUAGUGGCGCUGAAUGCAGCCAGAAAUGCUUGUGCCGCAACGGGGGCGUUUGUGAUCGAGAAACGGGACAAUGCAAGUGUUCUCCUGGUUGGACAGGUUUAAUGUGUGAGCAGUCUUGCCUUGCAAUCUCAUCUAUUCCUGGACGUUUUGGAGCAAACUGCUCAGAAAGAUGUAUUUGUCCUGGGUCAUGUGAUCCAGUGUCUGGAACUUGUUUGUGUCCACGUGGAUUCCAAGGUCCAAACUGUGCUGAAGCCUGUCCAAAGGGCUGGUACGGAGAUAAUUGCGUGUACAGGUGUCCCUGCAUGAACAAUGCAUCGUGCGAUCACGGGAAUGGCACGUGCACUUGUGGGCCAGGUUGGUAUGGCGCAAACUGCACGGAAAGCUGCCCUUCUGGUUACUACGGAAUGCAGUGUGCUUCUAGGUGUCAGUGCAGUAAAAAUGGUACAGACGUUGCGACAUCUUGCGAUCCUUUGUCAGGACUAUGCAAUUGUAUACCUGGAUAUCAAGGUUACAGGUGCGAAGAGCAGUGUCCUGAAGGUUACUUUGGUAAGAUCUGCAGGCAAAGUUGUACGUGUAAGAACAGCUACGCUUGCAGUUUUACAGAUGGAAGUUGCACCUGCAAACCUGGUUACUAUGGUAAAUCGUGCGAGCUAAGUUGCCCUUCAGAUCGCUACGGUAUGAACUGCAGUAACGUGUGCCAGUGUGUCAAGUCAAAUACCCAGUCGUGCGAAGUAGCCGAUGGAACCUGCACGUGCUUGAAGGGAUACACGGGCGUCUUUUGCGAGAGUGUUUGCCCCGAGGGAUGGUACGGUCGUGACUGCGUCGACCCAUGCACGUGCCAAAAUGGUGCUGUUUGUGAUCACGUGUCAGGUGCCUGCACGUGCGCGGCAGGAUUCGAGGGUCGAAGCUGCGGAAAAGCGUGUGACGAGGGUUCGUUUGGUGUGAACUGCGCGUUCACGUGCGCUUGCCGGAAUGGUGCGAGCUGCAGUCGCUUUACUGGCGAGUGCCAUUGUGUAUCUGGUUUCUAUGGCGACCGUUGUGAUCGUGAGUGCGCCAGUGGAAGGUUUGGGGUGAACUGUAACAGUUCAUGUGACUGUAACCUGCAGAACAGCGCUAAAUGCGACCCCAAAACAGGCUUGUGUCUGUGUGUGCCCGGGUUCAAAGGUAUAAGAUGUGACGAGCCUUGUCAAGAUGGCUCUUAUGGCAAUGGCUGCAGUACGCCGUGCCCCGUAUGUUCAAGUCACGUGAUCGGCCCAUGCGAAAAGGCACAUGGCAACUGUUCGUGUUCUCCUGGUUACCAAGGCUACCUUUGCCUAGAUGACUGCGCUUUGGAUCGUUACGGUCUGCACUGCAAGUUAGCCUGCGAGUGUUCAGCGGGCGACCUUUGCCAUCAUAUAAACGGCAUGUGUUUGGACCUGGCCCGAGGACGGUUCAGUUUAAUCGUUGAGGACAGUAUAGACGAUCUCAGUCUUUUGGUGCGGAAGAGAGACAUCAAGCGUGGAUUGGAACAACUGAUGGAACAAUAUUACGAUGACGAGCCUUCUUCUCAAUCUGACUAUGAAGGUAGCGCAACUCAAGCGCGUCUCAGCAUGCUGGACGGAGACAACGGAACAACCGCCAACGCUGAUAAUCCCUCGGAUGAUUUCUCCACUCCCGUCAGAGAUGACGGAGAUCAGGAAAUGUCACCCACAGGAACCAAGCACGUGUUCAUGGUCCGCUUGCUGGAGUUACAGACAGUGGUUAAGGAAGACAUGGGCAACGCCACUCGCGUUGUGUGUGUUCUGCUCGAUAACUUUACCUUGGUGGAUGGACACUAUGUAGAUGAGGUUCUCUCCAGAGUACCAAGCGGGGAUAUUUCGUCGUAUCUCGCAGUUGAGUACUACCCUGGUAAGCUGUACAAGCCUGGUUCCUCAAUGGAGAUGCACCUCCCUCUCAUCAUUGGCGUCUCUGUUGGCUUCUUCCUUAUACUGGUCAUAGUAGCUUUGUUCGCGCUCAUACGCCGUAGGUACAAACGGAAAUGUGGAUUCGCCGCAUACAAGAAGAGCAAUAAAGAGCAAGCCGAGUUUGAGCUUCAACCGUGGAUUGGUCGCAACACGGGCUACUUGCUGGCCUUUGACAACCCUUACUAUGACGUGCUAGCGGCAAUGGGAUUAGACGAUGACGUAGAAGAAGACUACUACAAUCCUCUGUAUGAUGACGUCAGUGUGUACAGUGAUAGUGGAGAAAACACCAGCGAGGACAGUUGUCACAAAGAUCUUAGUUCCAUGGUGAUACGAUAGACCGUAGUUGUCACCAUUAGCUAGCAUCGCGAUAGUCCGUGUUUGGCUUUGAGUGGAAGGCUGUAGACUCGGUUGAGUUUCCUUGCGUUUCACUUCGCAGCUGCGCAUCGCUUAUAACGCAUUUAGCUGCUCAAACAUGAGCCUGCGAGAAGGUUCUCACGCGCUGCGACAUGAUAAAACGUCCAGGAAGGACCUCAAAAGCUAGAAGCCUACCAGAAAACAAAGGGACUUAAAAUAUAGAGAAAAUAUUUUGAUACCUGUAUAGAAUAGCGCAAUACUUUUUUAGGUUUUACAGAAAGUUAUUUAACUUUUAUAACUUUUUUUACGCGAAUACUGCGGGAUUAGUGCAGGACGAUGCUUGUACCAUGUUUUGUUUGUAGCACUUACCACAGUUGCCAGCGGUUUACGAGCGAAGAAAAAAACAACUUGCAUGCGACGAAAAUAUAGAAUAUAUAAUAUCAGGUUGUUUGCCCACGGAAAAGAAAGCACUGCAUGCGCUACCCAGCCCCAGUAAUUUCGUGCAAACGUUGACAACUAGUCGAGUUGUCCAGUUCUGGCCCUCUCGCUGUCACGCAACGCUACGCCCUCGGGAGAGGACCGUCCCCCGAGAGCGUGGCGUUGCAUGACAGAGGGCCAAAACUGGACUACUAGUCCAGUUAUUGAACGGUAUUUUGGGGUACCCUGACAAUCGUUAUCUUGAUCAUUACUUAGAAGCUAACCUAUUUAAUGAUUGGAGAGUUUUUGUUCAGGUAAUUUUAACUGAGGGGCGCGGAGUUUAAAUAGUUAGAACCUGAGGUCACUGGUAUUGUGUAGUUGUUAAUGUUUAGGUUUUUUUGUUAGAGCACUCUUCCAGACACUUUUGAAAGUGGCAAGAUGCUUUCAGAGUUUGUUGACAAGGAACAAUUGUAGUUUCGGCUGCUAUCAACGGGACCACUGCAGUUCCUGGCGCUACCCGCGGCAGAUGUUACUCUCGAUGCCUAGUCAUUGCAGCAGGUGUAUGUUCUAUAGACAUGAGGAGUGACACGAAAAGGCUCGGAGUGGCCACUCUGUACUACAUAUUAGACCAAGUUGAACGAAUUUUGUCGAUAAAACGAUUUGUGGAGCGCCUCGAACGCAGUAUGACAAACUUCAUUCAUUUUGAAAGCGGUUGUGACACGGCUCAAUUUUUGCCGCUGUUUACCUAACCCAUUGCACGUUCAGUUCAAUGUUUAUAUAUUUAAUUGAUGCCGCAUUUCUUGAAGGGCGUGCCCUUGUUUGCCUCUUGGACGCUCUAAGGUUAUUUUAUUUCCGCGUAGUUAGAACGAACUGAAACCAAUGUUACUCCAACCGUUGUUUAAUGUAUUAAUUGUCGAAACAACGGAGCAAGAACUACUUCGAUUUUUCAGCCAUUGUGUUUUUAGUUAUCAUUAUAUAGAUUUUAGUAUGUUAUGUUCCUUGUUCGUAUACAACCAUGACAAAAGUUAUACCGCCGUUGGGUCAUGGCACGCUUUUUGAUACCCAAGGUAUUGCAACAAAAGGAUAAAUUUGAACUAUAGUAAAAAGCUUACCUAUUUAUAUUAAAUUAACGUUGUAUUUAAACAGUUCAAAACUUGUUAUCAAUUAAUAAAAGUAAAUUUAUGGGAGGCCA